AUAGAGCUAUAAAUAUGAUAGGCAACGUUCACUCUUGCAUUUCUUCUUCACAGAUUUCUUCUACAGAAACUGGCAAACUUUCUAGGUCUUCCCAGUCAUCUCCGACUUUCCAACAAUAUGCGCUUGGUAAUCAAUCAGAUGACACCUAUUCUCUUCUGGAUAUGAUUCAGCACCUUACUCAAGAGCUUGCAGCCGCCAAAUCUAAAAUCGAACAGCUCCAUGCCGCGACUAUCCAACUACAAAUCAACUUAAUCACGAAAAAUAGACUCGCAGCCAACCUGCGCCACAUGUACUGCCAAACUCUCAAUUCUCUAUUGAUGCUUCUGAACUCACACCAAUGUCACUACCAUGGCGUGGCCCCGACCAAGUACACCAAUUAAAAGAGCAUAUGAUGCAACAAAGUCAGCAGCGACGACUACAAAGUCAAGAUAGUACCGCCAGAGCUCGAGUACUCGCUAUCCAACUUCGCUCCGGAUUGCGUAAAUUGGAUAUCAAUAAUAACCGUAUUUUUGACAUUCACUACUUCUAUCGUAAUGUCGUAGCCUUACUGUCAACUGAACCAAUAACAUAUAUCAUCUACAACCAAGCCAUCCGUCAUGAAGCUUCCUUCGCCUAUUUAGUUGUACCAUUUAAACCAGGAGAUUAUCUAGGCCCAAAUGAGCUAUUUAGGCGCAACUCCUCCAAGGCAGUAGCCACGAUGAACUUAUUGACGUCGAUUGGCUUUAAUCUCUCUGGCUUCUCUAGGCUUCUUUCGAUCAGAUUUUACGCCCAUAUAGUCCGAUCACAGCUUGAAUAUGGCUUGGCAAUCAAUCGCUUUACUAGUACCCAGCUAAAAGCUCUUGAGAAUGUGCAAAAUAGGUGUAUCUGUAAGAUUUGUGAUGCCCGUGGAAAGGCCUUUACCAAAGUGAUGCUUCAUCUAGCUAAACUACCCCUUAUGACAGAACGAGUCCAUAUUUUCCAAGCACAUCUCCUCUUUAGAUCUCCACAUCUACCUAACAACGGACUGUUAUGUCGACUACUGCCUCACAUUCGACAUACUCGUAGGCACCGGUGGUACCUACUUUCUAAGGCCCCUCUCUGGCGAAGCAUGGCUUCUACAGACGAAGAGCUAGAUAAGCGUAUGCUCAAAGCAGCCAAAAAGAUCGACAUUACGAGCUUUUAUCAAGCUGCCGUCGAUCUGUAUCUUUAGAUCCUAUCUUAUAGUUGCUAUGUUUCACGUAGAAGAUAGUCGCUGUAUGCGAUAGAGAUUAUGCUGACAACGUAGUGGAAAGCCAUGUCCAUGUCCCAAACGCUCUAUGCUCAGUUUAACAAGAAAACACGCUAUUACGUGUCUCAAUAUGCCUGAAACCAUAGCAGACCCUCUGUCGUUCCUUCUGAAUAUGCCUCCAUCUCGU